AUGACACCUCCAAGACCACAGAAUAAAUCAGAACUAGAAGUACCAUCUAAUCUAUUGACACCAGAGGGUUGUAUUUCGUCUUCAAGAAUCAGAGCAUUUCUUAGACUAUCUAGGCAUGUGACUGACGACUCAAUCAGACCCCAUUUGAAUGAACUUAAGAAAUCAGAAUGUUCGCUGUAUUUUCAAGACGAAAUUGUGCCUCAAUGGAAAUUACGCGGGGAUAUAAUUGACUAUUGCUCCAAAUAUUCACAAGAUUUAAGAGACCAUACUUCCCAGGGUAGAACGGUCGAAAAUGUCACUACAUUGUCAUAUAAUCUAGACAAUGCAGCUGAAGUUACAGAAAAGUUCGAUCUCAGAACUGACCCCUAUGCUUACAAGACAUAUCAAAAGAAGAUUUCAGAGCAAUUUGCACAAUGUGAUGCUUUAGAUAGUUGGACCCAAAAUGAAGCAAUGGUAGAGAAGAUUAUCCGAGAACAAACAAUUGAAGUUUUAAAUGAUAAGUGUUUUUAUCAAGACUGGAUGCAGGCAUUUAACAAUGCCGUCUUUCCUAAAAAAUCCAAUUAA